GUCAAUAGUAUAUUCAAGACGUCGCUCUCCAAAUAAUGCUCAGACGUAUUUCAGUUAUUGACACGCGUAGACGCCGCGACUCGGGAGUGUGGGUGUAUGCGAACGGGUAGUUGGAUUUUAAACGCCCGAUUAUAAAGCUAUUAAGUAUUACUAUAAUAGCGAAAAACAUAAGAGAUAGCUCACUGUCAAAAAUGGGCACUGAUUUAGAAAAUAAAGGCCCUUGCCUGGGCAUACGACAUCUGCAGGCGGUGCUGCUCUUCUUGGCCAUAGCUGUGAACUAUAUAGCCCGACUCAAUGUCAGCGUGGCUGUCGUAGCUAUGACAGAUGCAGCGACCUCCAAUCCAGAUUUUCCGGAAUACGACUGGUCGGAGGCACAGAAAUCCUAUAUACUGUCGAGCUUCUAUUGGGGCUAUAUAGUGACUCAAUUUCCAGCUGGCUUUUUGGUGCGUCGCUAUGGCGCUAAGCUGGUGCUCUUCAUACCCACCUUUGCGACGGCCUUGCUGAGCUGCCUCACCCCCGUCUGCAUUAGCUGGGGCGGCUGGCUGGCGUUCAGUGUGCUGCGCCUGAUAAUCGGAUUGUUUCAGGGCCUAAUCUUUCCCUGCAUUCACGAGCAUCUGGCCAAAUGGUCGCCGCCCAAGGAUCGUAAUCGUUUGGGCGUCUUUGCCUAUUCGGGGUCCGAUUGUGGCUCCGUUAUGGCCAUGGCUAUUAGUGGCUUGAUUGCCGAGAGUUCGCUGGGCUGGCCGGGCAUAUCGUACGUUUCAGCCGGACUCUGUGGCAUUUGGUGCAUCCUUUGGCUAUUGCUCGCUGCGGAUAAUGCGCCGAGCUCACGUUUGAUUGGCGACGAUGAGCGUGAUUACAUUGAGCGUUCGAUGAGGCGCAACGACGGCUUCCAUGACCAGAAGAUAGCGAUACCAUGGCGUGCUAUUUGGACCUCGGCGCCGUUCUACGCCCUGCUCGUUGUGCGCAGCGCUCAGGGCUGGGCGAACUCAACGAUGCAGCUGCAAACGCCGGCAUACAUGCACGGCGUACUCGAGAUGGACAUCAAGAGCAACGCCCUCUAUUCGGCUCUGCCCUUCCUGGCCAUGUGGUGCAUGUCGUAUGUAUAUUUGGCCAUUGCUGAUUUGAUCAUGGCCAGGAAGUGGAUGUCGCUGACGACGCUGCGCAAGUCCAUCAACACGAUAUCGUAUUGGGGUCCGGCGGCCGCCCUGAUUGGCAUCGGUUUUCUUGACAAGAGCCAAACGAGCUUGGCCAUUGCUCUGAUGACAAUUAACGCCGGCCUCAAUGCGGGCUCCGGCAUCGGCAGCAUUUUGACCAUAAUCGACAUGUCGCCCAAUCAUUCCGGCAUGUUAAUGGCCAUCGUCAAUGGCGUGGGCAACAUCUUUCCUCUGCUGACGCCGCUGCUGGUGGGCGUCAUUGUUACCGAGCCGAGCUCGCGCACUCAAUGGCAAAUUGUUUUCGCAUUAACGGCCAUUGUGUUCUUCAUUGGCAACCUAGUGUACAUAAUUUGGGGUACGACUGACCAGCAGCCGUGGGAUGCGGUUGACUUUCUCAAGCCGCGCGAUGCCGAGCAACAGCAACAGCAACAACAACAACAGCAGCAGAUGGAGCUAUGGAAAGAAAAAUCGAAAAGCGAAAAGGAAAUCUAAAUAGUAAAUAGAUGUAAGGCCAGAUUAGCUGUGAACUGUAAAAUAAGUAGAAAUUAAGCAACAAAUUAAAUUAAUAUGCGGCGUGACAUGCGGCGUAUACGCAAUGUACACACAAACAUUGCGUAUACGCAGUGUUCGGCAUGAUUCAGUCUUGACUGGCGGAAGAGAACAAAAAUGAAACAAACAAAAAAGUGAAACGAAAAAUGCGGUUAAGCAUUGAUUGUACUGAGCUGUGAGCCGGACAACUGCGUUGAU